AUGGAGAGGAAGGAUCUGAUAGAAGAGGUGGGAGACCAGAUUGACAUGCCUAGCACACCCCUCAAUGCAAGGGAUCCUUUAGAUCCCACAAGAUCAGUGAUUGUGAUCCGCUCCCUGGUAGCAGAUGGUGUUGCAGAAAGAAGUGGAGAACUUCUACCUGGAGACCGCCUGAUAUCGGUCAAUGAAUGCUGUUUGGACAAUACCUCACUUGCUGAAGCUGUGGAAAUACUGAAGUCUGUGCCCCCGGGCGUUGUGCACCUUGGCAUCUGUAAGCCUUUGGUGGAAGAUGAGAAAGAAGAAAGUUGCUAUGUUUUACAUUUAAACAAUAAUGAAGAUGAGACUGAACUUUCAGAAACAAUUCAUGAUAUAAAUUCAUCUUUAAUACUUGAAGCACCCCAGGGUUUUAGAGAUGAACCAUAUUUUAAAGAAGAACUUGUGGAUGAACCAUUUCUAGAUUUGGGACAGUCUUUGCAGUCCUCACAGAAAGAAAUAGACAAUGGCAAGGAGUCCUGGGAAAUGCAGGAGUUUCUGAGUCCUGGACUGGAGGAAAUGGGCGAAGAAAGAGAGAUGCUUGUUGAUGAGGACUAUGAACUGUAUCAAGACCACUUUCGGCCCAUGGAAUUAUAUCUCUCAGCACACAUGCCAGAGGCCACUCCUGUGCCCGCCAACCAGGAACACCAGUUUGGCACACAGUGGUUACAUGAUGACCUCUCAGGUGGUGAAAUUCCCGAGUCUCCAGAUACAGGGUCUGUGAGGGGUGUAUCUUCCCAGCAGACACAGCAGUAUGGCUAUAGCGCUGGAGACAUGAUGGAAGAAACCUUUGGCUAUGAUUCCUUACCACCUGUACCUUCUGCUGAAGAAAACAGUCAACAUGGGAGAUUUGAUGAUCUAGAGAAUCUCAAUUCAUUGGCAAAAGGCAGCCUGGAUUUAGGCAUGAUGACUCCAAAUGAUGUCCCAGGUGCCAGCAUGCUUGUUGACCUUCCUGCUGUGGCUGAAAGGGAACAAGAAGAUUUGCCUUUAUACCAGCUCCCCAGGACCCGCGGUAUUUCAGAGGCCUCAGCAUACGUGGGGAUGUCGUCUUCUAGAUAUGCCACUGGUGUAUG